AUGGACAUAAACUUCGCUGAGGUGGCAGGGUAUAUCGUGGUAUGCGUAGUCGCUUGGGUUGUGGUCAAAGCGAUAGCGUUUUACCUGUUGGGAUUUUCAAUAGGAAUCAUUGACCCAUUGCGCUUGCGUCUGAGGUCGUUGCGAAUUCGGGACAAGCUAUAUAUGCAAUUCAUGUACUACUCCCUUUGGAAUGGUCAGUUGGUGAUACACGGUAUGAGCUUUUUGCUUCCACAAAAGAGCGAUAGGGAGGGAAAGGAAAAGAAGCCAAUAUCCAAUCGAAACCCGCGUUCGAUACCCAAAUGGAUUCAACGAUUAAUUCUACGAUUUCUCAAUUUGUUUAAAGAAUUCAAAAUUGUCUUGGAGAAAACAGAGUUCAAAAGUAUCAAGGUUGACCUUGCAAAUAUUACCAUAAUUGUCAAAAAAAACAAUCUUAAGGCUUCAAUACUAAUAAAGGACAUUUAUUUUGGUGAGAAGAUCCUGCUCCAUGGCGCGGUUAUUGACUUUUCUGCUGUUGUCAACCUAGAGAAGUCUUUGCGCUUCGAAAACUUGAUUCUCGACGUGAAGCUAAGGAACAUGAAAGUUUCCACACUGCAAUUUCAUUCUUUAAGAGCAAUUGUAAAUCGGAAGGUAUCGGAAGAAACACCUUCACGAGUGGAGGAGCCCACGCCUGAGUAUUGUAUCGAAGUAAUUCGUACUGCUAUAGACAAAACCCGCAGGGCAUUAGAACCGUUAGAGAGAUUGUCGCUUGCUGUUGACAACAUAACCCUCUAUGAUAUUCCUUACUCAACGCAUCCGAAGUUGAAAACAGCCACGGAUCAUUUAAAAUACAAAAUCUCCGCUUCCAGCAUUACGUUAUUUGCCAGUAAGCUCCGAGUUGGAUCUCCUGGUUACAAGCUGCUUUUCGCCGCAGAAGAUGCGCCUAUCAAUAUCAAACUUACAGCUUCUUCCUUAAUGUUCUCUUUACAUAGGACAACGUGCGCAGAUGCUUCUCAAGCGGAAGUAUUUGAGUUCUGUGAAAUUCCUAGUGUUUCAUUCUAUGGAGAUACAAACAUUUUCUCCAAUGGGCAUUUGAUUGAGAAUGAAAACCAACCCUUUGAUACUAUUAUCAAAUUUGUCGGUCACAUUUCUUCGCCAAUUGUGGAUUUUGAAAUAUCUCAACUAUCUUUUUUGAAGUCAUUUCAUGAGAACAUUAAGGUUUUCACUACUGUAUUAACUAAUUCCGAUGCUUCAGCCAAACCUUGCUCGGGUUUUGAAAGAAGUAAUGAAUAUAUUGAAGGGAAGCAAGUGGUAGCGACAUAUUUCCAGCACGUUUUACCUCACGUCGAGUCGAAAAUUACGGUCGAGGACCCCAUGUUCUUAGUUAGUGAUGAGGAUGAAUUACUGGUUCACAAGUGCUCUAUAUUAUCUAUUCAAACAAGAUCAGAGAAAUUUGCCCUUGGUGGACAAUCCAAAGAUAGACAACUGUAUUACAAUUUAAAAAACGUAGUCGAGCUUAUGGACUACACAUUUGCAUACCAUCAUCAAAAACGUCGUUUCAAACACAGAAUACUAACUUUGGAUAAUGUAUCAUUAAUGAGCAUGUCAAGGAUUCUUCCAAAUAUAAAAAUAGGGAUGGAUGCUAACAUUGACAGUUGUAAUGUUGACCUUUCAGAACUAACAACUUUGAUGGCAUUGAACAAAAUAAUAAGAAAGGUCAAUUCCAAAAUUCUUCUCGUUGAAGAGGAAUAUUUCUCGUCUCUCUAUGAAAAGUUUGCAAAUGAACUGGAAAGCACUGUACAUGAAUGUACUAAAUCACAAGCACAAAAUAAAAAAAGCGAAUGUGAUAUACAUCCAAAGCACUUCCUUUUCAACAAACUUCCUAAUUUCUUUGAUGGAAUCAAACUGAGUUUGAGAUCAUUUUCUGUUAUCGCAGGAGCAAGAUCUGUCUUUAUGUCUAAAGACGUAUUUACCAAAUUAACUUCACAGAGUCCAGGGGAUUUGGUGGACGGAGAACUGCGAAAACUCUCAUAUAAGAUUGAUCGAAUAAGAAUUCAAUUGAUUGGUCGAUCGGAAUCUUACGAUAAUUAUGAACAGUCUAGCGAUUUAGAUAACUCGACAAAAGUUAGCAGUAACAAAAGUUUCUCAUAUGACGAAAUUGGCCUAGAAGAUAGUUCUUCGACCCUAUCAAGCGAUAGCGAUCACCUGUGGAUACUAUCCUGUGUAUUUGAAGAUAUGGUAACCACUUUGUUUUCAGAAACAAGAACGCGAAGACAAGAAAUGACUCCAAAGACAAUAUUCAGGCUUCCAAGUUCAACGAUCCGACUUUAUCCAAUCUGCAAACAAAUGAAUAAAAGUAAAGACGAAUCAGAAGACAAAAUUUUUCUCUCAGUUCAAACUGGAAAGACUAAAACUAUGUUCUCACUUAUGACAAUAUUCCUUGUCAUAUCCGCAGUUCACACUUUCAAGGAGACCUUUACGAAAGAUGUGAACUGUCACAAAAGCGAAUCAAAGGCUAAGCGGCAUCUGUUUGAGUUUGCGAAGGCGAAAAAAAAAAGUCCGCUGUCAUGUAUUGCCAAGAGCGAUAUCCUUGAUAUUCUUGAUUUUGAGUUUUCGGCGACGCAUUUUGACUCAGUUAUUGUCUUGCCUAAUGGUGUGAAGACCCGGCUUGAGUUAUUUGCGUCCGAACUUAGUUUCAAAAACAUCAAAGAGUUGUCACUCAAUGGUCACUACUUUAGAUUUUGCGUGGAAUGUCCGACUAUUUCUAAUUCCUGGGUGAGGAUGAUAACUAUCGUUAAUUUUUCGAUUCUGGGUGACCUAAUUUCCAUUUUGGAUCAAUUGAAGAAUCAUGAAGAUAAUCAAAAAAACUUGAGGCCAUCGGUAACAUUGUCAAAUGAAAUGUGGCACUUCAAUAUCCCGCAUCGCUUCGAAAUGUAUCAGAUAUUUGAUAAUAUUCCCACAAUGUUUAAGACUAUCAAACAAAUGGUUCAUUCUUUGAAAACAUCAAAAAAUGAUACUGUAAUCCAGCCACAUGUCUCCAAAACUCCAAUUGUUCCAAAAGUGAGAUUAACGUCUAAGAGAUGGGUGUUCAGUGUGGAUGACGAUCCCUUCGAAUCCCAAUUGGCGAUGAUAUUUCAAGUAGGUUUGCGCGAGCAACGAUCGAGGUUAGAGAAGUAUGAACAUUUUGAGCAACAAUUCUCUAAAAAGCUAAUGGGAGAGAAAAAGGAAGUCAAAAGGACAGAGACUUUCACGGAAAAUUCAGAUGGGAAAAAGCGAGCAUGCAACUUACCAAAGGUAUCUUCACUUUUGAAAAGACACAGUUUCUCCGAAGUGAAAAGUGAAAAUGAUGAAAAUAAAGAUGGCCUCGAAACUUCUGCUGAUACUGAAAACGCCUCAAAAGAAAUGAAGGAAGCGGAAAAAUUAGGUAUAGCAUUUAAAACCCUACAAGAACAAAUCUCAAAAUCGUGGAUUAGGAGAAUUGAAACUAUUAAAGUGAAGGAAAAAGUUGAGUUUGAGAAAAACUUCAAAUUCUUGUGGGGUAACAUUGACGUUACCAAAUUUCACGCCGAUGCCAACAAGCGGAUAUUGGACUUUAUUUCUUCCCCUGCACUCAUGAAUUUGAUAAUUGAAGGGAUUGAUAUAAUUUUGGGUAAGCCGUCUUGUGGUAUUGAAAACAUUCCUGGUUUCAUCCACGAUGUGGGGAAAGGUGUACCAGAAGACACGAAGUACUCUAUAAUGUUUCCGAUCAAUUUGAAUGCGAAUUUCCUAGAAAUCAGAUGUCACCUGCGAGACUAUCCCUUACCAUUCGUUUAUAUGCCUAAUUAUCUUCCAGGUCAACCUCGAAGUAAUGAGGCGGCUCCAAUUAGCAUUCAAGGCGACAUUCUACUUACAGAGGAUAUGAUAAGGUCAAACCACGAAAUGCGCACCAUAUUUGUUCCAUUAGUCCCCUCGUGUACUUUGGAAAACGAUGACCCUUUUUAUUCACUGUUGAUUCCCCGAACAUUGGCACCAAUUAAAAUUUACACGAAUCUGAACCUUGGCUUAAAAUCUAAUGAGGAUACAAUGGUAACAUGGGGUGGAUCAUAUUCUCCAGCUCUUCAACAAUUGAUGGAAUGCUUUGAUAACUUUUCGAAGCCUCCCGUCGACCCAUCUCCAAAACUUGGCUUCUGGGAUAAGAUAAGGAACAUUUUUCAUGCUAGGGUAAGUAUCAAAUGGAACAAUGACGGUCAAUUUCAUGUAGUAUUGAAAGGCUCAAAGAAUCCUUACAUGAUAGGGGGAGAAUCGGCAGGGUUCACCGUUGGACUGAAAGGAGAUAUUACUCUGGGAUGUAAUAUUACUGGUGAUCCCACAAAAUUCCUUUCAUUUUCUUCUCAACAGAUCUUUUUUGGUAUUCCGAACUUGUUCGCAAAACCUUUGUUCGGAUGGUGUAGGAGUAGCAAGAACUUCCUAUUCUUUCCCAGUCAAGAAGACACCAAUCUUCAAAAAUAUGCGUUCUAUUACUAUCUGCUUGAAAUGUCUGAUGUAAAAAAUUUGAAUAAGGACAUCAAGGUGAUGAGAGACAAUUUUUUUGAAAAGAUAGCUAUUAAUCUUUCUGGCGGAAUUAAAUUGAAUGUGGGUUUUGUAUUUGAAAGAAUGUCAUCUCAUAAGGAGGAGAGGACGCUUAAAUCCCGCCCCCAUUGGGAUGUCCGAAUGUGUAAUCCACUAUAUGUGGAUGACAGAUCAGAAUUUGAUUCGUAUCGUGGAUUCAGGAGUGACUUUAUCCAUAUGUCUUUUGACUUAUUAUCGAAUAAUCGCAACUCAUACAACGUGAUGCAACUUACUCCAAAUGCGUUUAAAAUAUUCUUCAAAUGGUGGAAAAGUUUCUCUGGUAAUCUCCCCGUGAGACGUGGACCCUUGUUUGGAAUGAACAGUAUGAGUCCCAAGUUUGGGGUUCAUCUGUAUACUAUAUCAUAUCAUGCUGACGUAGCACCUCUGUUCAUUUGCCACAUGUAUCAUGUCCUUGAUCCAGGUGAGUUCACAUCGAGAAAAAAGGAUCAGAUUGAAUACGUGGGCUUAAAAGCCAAAACUGAGAAUUUCGUCAUGGAUCUUCAUCAGAGAAAGGAAGUUCUACAUGAAUACAAGCAAGAAUUGGAUACCACCAAAAAAGUGACAAAACUGAAAUUUCAGGAAGGUGACGUUUCAACUUUCGGUAUUGAUAUCCGAACAGUUCAAGCCCAGUUCAAAAGACGUGGCCUUGGCGACGAAAAAGACGUCGAAAAUUAUGACAUAUUUGAUGAUGACAUGACAUGGUAUGACCCUCAUGAUUUUGAUGAGUUCAAUUUCGAUAGUCUGGAAAACUACGUCCUCUCAGUUAAGAUAAAUCCCCUUCUUUAUUCACCUAAAUUCGUCUACAGAAAGCAAGCCAACUAUGGGGACAAGUAUCAGGUUGAUGUAGUCACCUGUAAAAAAAUUGAGCCAUUCAGAAACUCUAAUUAUCAUGAGUGUACCUUGCAGCCAAGGGUUAGAUCGCCGCUUAAUUUGAUUGAUGAAAGAAUAGGAGUUCUGAGAAAGGAGAAAGAUUUGGCUGAGAGAGAGCUCGAAAACUCAUCAAUCACAUCUGGGAAUGAAGAUUUCAAUGCAACACAAAUGAAGUUGGAGAAAAUCAAUGCAGCUAUUUCAAAAGUUUCUGAACUGCUGCAGGAUCUGAAAUCUCUAGAAAAUUCCGACACUUCUGGAGAGGACAUAGAAGAGGGUUAUGGCAAAGUUGCUGAACAUCGAGAUUUGAAUUUUUCGACCAUCGAAUGGAUAACGAAAAACAAUUCUUUCUCUAAAUCUUUUGAAAACAGAUUCUACAUCUUCUCCAUGUCGCUGAAAUGGAAUGAGGUUGUCAGGGAUGCUGUUUACAAAUAUAUUCAUUUGCUUGACUUGAACAAGGAGUUUUCAUAUAUUACGAAUCAUAAGGCCAUAAAAAAAAUCGAAGAUGUUAUAAAGGGCCCAAGAAAAACACUUUCUGACACUCAAUCUAGAUCUGAUGAAGAGGAUACUGAAAAACACAACGUCUCUUCCCUCAAAAGUGAUUCUGUUAAGGGGGUUGAUGCGGAUGAUGAUGUUUUGGCCAUAUUUGAAAAUGAUUUGAGAAAAUUCAGCGGGUUUUCGAACUACAUCACGCACGAUAAUCAUGUCGUGCAAUUUGUAGCUCCUCAAAUUCAAUUGACUACAUCUAAAAGUCCCGACUCAUGUACCCUGCUGACUUCUCCCAGUAUUAAACUAAAAACAGUAUCCUUUGAUGCAAACACCACUGAAAACCAAAAUAAUGAGGAUAUCUUCAUGAAUCGGUACUCUCUGGUGUUACUGAAGGCCAAUGUUUUCGUCUUUCAUAAGGAUAAUUUUGAGAACUAUCAUGACAUAUUUUUUGAUGUUAACGGAUAUGGUCAACCUAAUAAAGAUAGUUGGCAGCCAUGGCUGGGCAUCGAACUUUGUUUUGAUUCCAAACCUCUAGAAAGAGACACCCUCAUUAAAGACUUCUCCGGAAUUUUCAAGUUUGACCGGGCAUUUUCGUUUGCAACAUUGGGUGACGGGAACUCAGAGAUUCUUCAAAACCGAAUGGUUUGUCAAUUUCCUAAAACGACGAUAAGCUCAAAUUCUAGACAGUACUUAGCCCUCUAUGACAUGAUUGCUAAUCUGCUUGUUUAUGUGGAGCCUAAAAGUGCUCAUUUGAAGAAAGAGAUAGAAAGAUUGUUGUUCAGAUACGACUCUUCGAAUUUGAUUCAUUUGCAAACUCUUGUCACAGAUUUGCAGAGGAAAAUCGGGGCCGUAAGUUUAGUGGAAAAGGAAUUGGCUUUUCGGCGGCAUAUACUAGACGACGCCGGAAUAUAUGAUCUGGACGGCAUACGUAAGGAUAAAAUUGAGUCGUUAAUCAAACUCUACAUCCUUAUGAAAGUUUUGAACGCAGGUAGCAAAGAACAAGCAGCAGAGGAUCAGCGAUUGUUACUCGAUAUUGAGGCUAAUGAAAUUAUUCUUCAUAUGUUAGACGAUGAUGGGUCGGCAUUUUUGGAUAUAGCUCUCGCAAAAUCGUUUUUCCAGAGAAUGCAAUCUUCCUAUGGCUAUAAUAGCAAUAAGUUGGUUAUCGGAAUUGCGCAAAUAUUUAACCUUCAAAAGGGUGUCAUCUUCAAUGAUUUAAUGAGCCCUUUACGAGAUUCCAAUAAAAAAACUUCAAGCCACAAUCAGCCAUUGAUCAAGGUUCAAUGGGAAAUUGAAAAACCUAUAGGGGGGAUAAAAGUUAUCAAGAACGUUGAAACGGUACUGCAAGGACUGGCCAUAAACGUCGAACAGGAGACAAUCACGAAAUUAUUCGCGUGGGCAUUUCCCUCUGAGGUAGAAAAUUUUAUCCGUCAAGGAUCAGACGGAGAUUCUUCUGAAUUUGAUGUGGAAUCAACAACUUCUGACGAAGUCAAGAAUGCAUAUACAGACUCAAAUAGCUUCUUGUCCAGGGGUUCGUUUUUGGAAGGAGACGUCAGUGAUAUUAAAAGCGCGGAUGAUGUUGAUGAAAUGAUGAAGAGAUCCUCAGAUUACAUGGUAAUCAAUAAAAUGGUUAUAAACAGUUUUGUUCUAAGUGUGAGCUAUCGCGGGCACGGAGCAAAGAGAUUGAUCAACGUUACUGAUUUUGUAUUUGUGUUUCCCAAGUUAGUUUUUCAGCAUGAAACAAUGACCAAAGUGGAUUUGACCAUGGUUCUGAAAAGAGUCCUUUUGAAAUCGCUGCUGAAGCAUGCUGGAAAAUUCAUUGGGAAUAAGUUGAAAAAGCAUUCCGUUGAAGGGAAUAAGUCUAACUCAACACUUAAACAAUUAACUGAUUAUAAAUCCUUUACGGACUUGGAAGAAUUAAAAAAGUGA